AUGAAGUGGCCACCCGCGCUUAUAAUCCCAUCUGCUUUGGAAGACUCUCAACAGUUCAUCGAUGGUACUCCCGAAUCAUUCAUAUGCGCGAUAACGCUGAGAGUUAUGAAAGAGCCAGCUUUGUCGGUGAAAUCUGGGCGAACGUACGAGCGAGAAGCGCUUCAGGAAUGGGUGGAAAAAAGAGGGACGGACCCGUUAAAUCCAUCCGCGCGAAUGGAUGUCGACGAUAUCGCGCCGAACUUUGCGAUUCGAGAUUUGAUCGAGCAGCACGUGAAAGACGCCGCGCUGCGUUUCCUCGUGAUGAAUGAGAGCAAUGUUGGAAGUAAAAAUAGUAAUGAUAAUACUAUUGAUACUAAUAUUGACAAUAAUAAUAAUGGUAGUAGUAAUAGUGUUCGUGAACGAGAUGAUGACGAUGAUGACAUCAGAGAAAGAUUUCUGUUUCCAAGACGCCGCGUGGUUGCCAUCGCGCCGGAGUUCAAAGUGACGAGCGUCGAGUUUCCAGAUCCGGCAAAGAACGAGCCGAGAGGAAAGUUUUUCCGAUUCAAGAUGGUCGAUUUAACAAACGUCGUCGGCGAGUGGGCGUGCGAAGAUGCGGAAGCGUAUAAGACGCAGGAAAUAAAAGGCGGUUCUGGAGCGUCGUUCGUAGCGAGAAGGAACGGGACAGAAGAUGGAAACAAAGCCAUUUGCGUUUGGGGCGGUCCAAAGGGCGAAGGGGUUGGGUGUUGGAACCCGGCUGGAUACGCCAAAGAGAACGAUUGGGAAGUUGGAGAUACGGUGACGUUGUUGAAUUACAGCGAAUCGCACGCCAUGCCACCUCUUACUUUUCCUCUCAGUAUCUCUGAGUAUAAAACGCACUCGCAAACUGGGUGGAACUUGCCCGGGGAAAUGAUUCGAUUUGGAAACGCAGGUUUAGUCGGUCACUGGUGGAAAGAACUCGACGUGGAGUUUGUACUCGACAAAUCCAACGUCGGAAUUCGAGUUUGUGGCGUACACACGGACGCGCUUUACGAGAGCUUAUGUUUUAACGUCAAAGCGCUUCGCUCGGACGGCCAGUGGCACGACGUUCCUUUGAGUUGUGAUAAAGUCGCGUGGGGACGCGCUUUCGCGCAGCCGAUUGACGACGCGAGGUCUAUUCGAGUCACGUGGCCGGACACAGAUCUGCAUAAACUUCCCGGCUCGACGUACAGAUCCGGAGGCGGGCUUCACGCAAAUAUUGUCGGGUGUUCGACGAGUAUAGACGUCCUUUCCGUUUCAGAAAACGGGUUGCAAUUCCAUUUCGAUACGGAUGCGAUGGCGGCUGCGUUUGGCGGAGAUAAAGAUUGGCCCGGAACGUACGUCUGCCACGCGCUUCGUACAGGUGUAACAGGUCCCGUUACAUUCGAAAAGUCUUCUUCUUCUUCUUCUUCUUCUUCCAAGAAAGGCGUGCGCUUUUUGUUCGCGAAGAUGAAAACGAGCGACGACGUAAACGACGACGAAAGCGACCCGCUCGGCGUGGGAAGCUUCGUGGAAAAGGACGCAAACGAUUGGCGCGUCGGCGAUAUCCUACUUCUCGAAAAAAAAAUCGCGAAAGGCGAAGAAGACCAAGUGCCGCAGAAAGGAUCCGACGCGUGGCUCGAGAUUAACUUUCCAGAACCGAAAAAGAAGACGACGAAAAUGGAGGAAUAUCCCACCGUAUGA